AUGGUGGUAGUUGGGGCGUCCAUGAUUGCAUGUGGUAGCGAACACCGAGAGGCGGUGGCAGCGGUGGCAACGGCGGCAGCGGCGGCAGCGGCAGCGGCAGAAGAAGCGGCGAGCACCGAGAGACGACGACCAGGCGGCGGCGGCGGCGGCAGAAGAAGCAGCGAGCACCGAGAGACGGCGACCAAGCGGCGGCGGUGGCAAAAGAAGCGGCGAGCACCAAGAGACAGCGACCAGGCGGCGGCAGCGGCAGAAGAAGCAGCGAGCACCGAGAGACAGCGGCAGCGGAAGAAGAAGCGGCGAGCACCGAGAGACAGCGACCAGGCGGCGGCAGCGGCAGAAGAAGCGGUGAGCAGCGAGAGACAGAGACAGCGGCAGCGGCAGAAGAAGCGGCGAGCACCGAGAGACAGCAGCAGCGGUGGCAGCGCCAGAAGAAAGAGACAGCAGCAGCGGCAGAAGAAGUGGCGAGCAUCGAGAGACGGCGACCAGGCGGCGGCAGUGGCAGAAGAAGCGGUGAGCAGCGAAAGACAGCGGCAGCGGCAGAAGAAGCGGCGAGCACCGAAAGAUGGCGACCAGGCGGCGGCGGCGGCGGCAGAAGAAGUGGCGAGCACCGAGAGACGGCGACCAGGCGGCGACGGCGUCAGAAGAAGCGGCGAGCACCGAGAGACGGGUGACCAGGCGGCGACGGCUGCGGCAGAAGGAGCGGCGAGCACCGAGAGACGGCGACCAGGCGGCGACGGCGGCGGCAGACGAAGCGGCGAGCACCGAGAGACGGCGACCAGGUGGCGACGUCGGCGGCAGAAGAAGCGGCGAGCACCGAGAGACGGCGACCAGGCGGCGGCGGUGGCGGCAGUAGAAGCUGCGAGCACCAAGAUAUGGUGGCGGCGGGCAGCAGUGACGGUGUACAGACGGGCAACAACGCGACAGGCACGGUUGGGACUCUUCCAUGUCGAAGAUACACCCUGA